GUCACUGGGGAAACCCCUACCCCUUCUCUCUCUGCUUUUGUAAGAACCUCUCAAAACCAGAUCUACGAAGCCUCGUUCUAAUUCAAAUUACACAAACACGAACCCUAAUUUAUUCAAAUCUACUCCGAUUCGAGCCAUUUAAAUCACAGCAUAACGAAACCCUAAUUUAUCCAAAUCGAUUCGAAUCGACUCUGAUUCGAAUCGUGAGCACUAACAAUGGGCGAUUUCAACCUCGCUCUCGUGAUCGUAGCCAUAGUAGUCUGCGUCUUGGUUUUCCUCUUCAAUGUCUACCUCCUCGUCAACUACCAACACCCCGACGAUGCCAACCAGGCUUACUUCCCCAAAUUCGUCGUUGUCUUGGGCCUCUCCGUCGCUGCAAUCUCCAUCCUGAUGUUACCGGCCGAUGUUGCCAACCGGCAGGCUUGCCGGCACGCGAUUUACAACGGCGCAUGUAACCUCACCUUGCCGAUGAAGGAUCUGUGGCUCGCCAUUUACAUUCUCGAUGCUAUUCUGGUCUUCUUCGUCAUACCGUUCGCUAUGUUCUACUACGAAGGCGAUCAGGACAAGAGCAUCGGCAAACGGAUUAAAAGCGCAUUGUUGUGGGUGAUAAUUACAGCUAUUGUUUGUGGUCUAGUGCUCGGAAUCUUGUAUGGGCUUGUUGGAAAGGUGGAUUUCACUGUUAGGCAUCUCUCUUCAGCCACUACUUCCUUUCCAAGUACAUGGGACUUCUCUAGUAGUCAACAAUGCAUUGGAAGCGGUGCACGGCAGUGUUCAGCAUAUACUGCAAGUGCUUCGUCAGAGAAAACAUGGACUAUGCAGACUACCUUCCCAGAAUACGUUGUUGCUCUUGCUACAAUUGUUGGAUCUGUUCUUUUCUCUAUAUUUGGCGGUGUUGGCAUUGCUUGUCUGCCAUUAGGACUUAUAUUUUCAUUUAUUAGGCGUCCAAAGGCUGUUAUCACUCGUUCACAGUAUAUCAAGGAAGCAACUGAGCUAGGUAAAAAAGCAAGAGAAUUGAAGAAAGCAGCUGAUGCACUUCAUCAGGAAGAAAGGAGUGGUUCUAAGGGAAGAAAAUGGCGUAAAAAUGUUAAGGCAGUUGAAAAGGAGUGUCUUCUUCUGGAAGAAGAUGUGAAAGCUUUAGAAGAGAUGUACCCUCAAGGUGAAAAGGCUGAGACUGCUUGGGCUAUGACUAUUCUUGGCUACUUGGCCAAGCUUGUGUUGGGAGUUUUAGGGUUGAUUGUUUCAGUGGCUUGGGUUGCACAUAUUAUAAUAUAUCUAUUAAUUAACCCUCCUUUUUCCGCGUUCCUGAAUGAAGUUUUUAUCAAGUUGGACGACGUAUGGGGUCUUCUGGGCACCGCAGCAUUUGCAUUCUUCUGCUUCUAUCUUUUGAUUGCUGUAAUUGCUGGGGCAAUGAUGCUUGGCUUGAGAUUAGUUUUCAUUACUAUUCAUCCAAUGAAGUGGGGAGCCACUCUUAUGAAUUCUUUUCUUUUUAAUGUGGGACUCAUUCUCCUUUGCUCCAUCAGUGUGAUUCAGUUUUGUGCCACAGCAUUUGGAUACUAUGCUCAAGCUACUGCUGCACAAGAAAUAUUUGGUCACACGUUGCAAUCUCUUCGUGGAAUCAAAUAUCUGUACAAGUAUAAUGUGUUUCAGAUUGCAUUUAUUGUCCUAGCUGGUCUGACGUUUGUGUAUUAUGCGGCAUUUGGAUGGAGAAGAAGAAAACCCAGUGGCAGGUUCCAACUAUCCAGUUGAAGCAUGUAUUGCCAUGAAGAGCAUGCACCAAACUCGAUCAUUUGAAAUUCUGAGUUCUAUCAUUUAUGUGGAAUGAUUUCUGAUUUUCGGUUGCAUAUGGCCUAGUUUUGUUGAAAGAAUUUGAUCCAAUUGCUGCAGUGGAAGUGGUGAGGUGAGUGCUGCCGCUGCCGCUGUACCUACUCGUUUCCCCACCUUUUGUAUGUAUCAUUCCUAGUUUGAUUUGUGUUAUAUGUUGGCUUGGGCACGCAGUAGUUUCUUUAGUGCACAUGGUGACUGAUUUUAAGAAUUACGGAUUUGAUGUAAUAUAUAGUCAUCAAGAACAAAAAAGAAAAUUUACGAGGUUCCUUUCCAUGUCCCAUGUUUUUAUGUGCGGAAGUGCCUUAAACUUGGUGUUUUCUUUCUUGUGAAAUCUAUCAGAUGGUGGUCUGGAUUUA